AAUAAACGAUAAACGUUAAAGCAUAUAACCUCUCGUUCCUAAUGGCUAUCCAUCGGAUUUUGAUGCCUUCGUACACGGUAUUUUUAAAGAGAACUAAUCAAAGAUUUAAAGACGGUUGAUUGAAUUUUUAAAUUUUAUUAUCCAUUAUGAAAUAAUGUGAAGUCGUAAAAUAACGUCGAGCAAAAUUGUUGCAAUUAUUAAUAAAUACUUCGCAUUUUCGACGAAGUUUUGGCUCUUGAACAGUUAGCCAUGUCACUUCUAAGAAAGACGAUUUAAAAAAUGGCGCCGGCGAAUUUUUUUGAUAUAGGAGAUAGUCGGUACCUCUUGGUCAGGAAGUUCUGUCAUAUUUUAUGUUCAAGAUAACCGCAGCUGGACUGCGACGUUUAGCAAUGUCUGCGGUACAAAAAUUCGAAGUUUUGUUUGUGUUGGGUGGGCCAGGUGCAGGUAAAGGUACGUUAUGUCGUCUUUUAUCCGAGAAGUAUGGUUAUGUUCACUUGUCGGCCGGCGAUCUCUUGAGGGAGGAGAGAACCAAACCCGGUUCGGAAUUCGGUGAGCUUAUCGAAAUUCAUAUUAAAAAUGGGAGUAUCGUUCCGGUGGAAAUUACUUGUACUCUAUUGGAUCACGCCAUGAAAAUAUCUAAGGCACCGAAAAAAAGAUUUCUCAUCGAUGGUUUCCCACGAAACGAAGAUAAUUUAACUGGAUGGGCCAAGGCCAUGUCUGACAAGGUGCUUUUGAAAGGAGUUUUAUUCUGCGAAUGUUCCAAAGAAGUCUGUACUCAGAGAUGUCUCAAUCGUGGAGCCAAAGGUAGCGGGCGUAGCGACGACAAUGAAGAGACCCUUAUAAAGAGGCACGAAAUUUAUAUAAAAAAUACAUUGCCUAUAAUAGAACAUUAUGAAAAGCAAGGCCUGGUAUAUAAGUUCGAUUCUAUGAAAGCACCAUUGGAAGUAUUGAAAGAUGUAGAAGAAUUCUUACCUAGCAUAGGAUGGUAAAUAAGACGACGAGCUAUUAUUAUAUGGGAAGAAAUAACCGUACGGUCGAUACUUUGUCUUAGUUACUGUAUAUCGAUCAUUGAUUUUACAAGCCUUUGUUAAUUAAUAGUAUUUCCCUUUAUGAAGAAAGAAAAUAUGUGCUAGACAUAGUAUGAGAAAAAAUUAUAUUACCCUUAUACAGUAUAUUUUUAUUAAUUGGUAUUUUGGGAUUAUUUUAUCAGGAUUAUAUUACAAUCGCGUAAUUGUAGAACGAACUGCUCGCUGUAGAAAUUAUGUGACCUUCAUAUAACAUUCCUUGAUGCGCAUUAUUGUAAAAUUUUAUCUGGGAGAGAAUGUGGGAAUAGGAGAAAAGUGUUUUGUUUAAAUUGUUGACGAUGAUAAAUAAGAUCGAAUAGAACUGUAAAUUCUUUGAUACUGAGUUGUAUACACAAACAAGAGAUAUUGUUAUAGUACAUACACAAAUGUUUUUAAAAGAUGUUACCAGAAUGCCAGGUAUGAGACAUACCGAUAUACCUAUACACGAUUGUGUAACGAUGUAGCGUUGACACUCGCUGCUAAAUAGGCAAAUUAUAAAAAUGGGUAUAGGAAUUAUAUUAUGGUGAUCACAAUUUAAUAA